CAGAGACUUUUCUGGUCAGCGCGCUAUGAUCUACGACGUCAACUCGGGCCUCUUCAGAUCGUUCCUUGCAGCUGGCGGUGGGUCUCACGGCUCAACUGUGAGGAAGGACAACAGGAAACAGCCCAACGAGAAGUCCAAGGACAACAAGCCACCUCUGACCGAGUAAGCUUGUUGCGAUGUCGAAGCGCACAAAGAAGGUGGGGAUUGUCGGCAAGUACGGCACCCGGUAUGGUGCCUCGCUGCGUAAGCAGAUCAAGAAGAUCGAGGUCAGCCAGCACUCCAAGUACUUCUGCAGCUUCUGCGGAAAGUACUCUGUGAAGCGCAGCGCUGUGGGCAUCUGGAACUGCAAGUCUUGCAAGAAGACCCAGGCUGGCGGCGCCUACGUCCUCAACACUGGCUCAGCUGUGACUGUCCGCUCCACCAUCCGCCGUCUGCGCGAGCAGACCGAGAUCUAAAUGGUCAGCGGGGGGUCAGCAGGCAUGGACAACCGUCAGCCAGUUCUUUUCUGUUGUGUAAGGUGUAGGAAGAUGAGGUGUCUAUGACAGGCUUCGCGGGGGAUAUGCUCGGCAUGCUGCAGUGCUGCUAUGGUCUCUGCUGCUGCCAGCAGCAAACUGGGGUGCUGUGUUCAGAACAUCGCAUUGGACUCACUGAAUACUACUCGUGGGAUGUAAAGACUGGAUAUAGCUCGUGUGAAAAGUUGAAAGGGGC